AGUUCAAACUGUGUAAACCUUCAGCACCCGGAAAAGCUUCCUUCUGGUUAGACACAUGAGUUUACUCUGAACCGGGUUCGAUUUUAUUAGUAAAAUCUCUGGACAGUUUUUCCUACGUUUCUUCGCACUAUCAUGUCUUCAAAAGGCUGCAGCAGUGACGAGCAGUUUGAAGGACAGGCCGCAGUAAAAGAAGAGCUGAACAAGAAGAUUAAAGAGCAGAAGGUGCUUGUGGACGAGCUCUGCAAUCUGAAGAAAAACAGGAAAGUCUACAUCCAGCAGAGGAACAGUAACAUCUUCUUCGUAGGAGACAGAAGUCAGACACUCACUUCCUGCAAAAAGGAGCUCGAUUAUAUGAAAAAGGAACUUCAGGAUAUCUGAGGCCACAGCAACGCCGCGAUGUGUGGGAUCUUCUGUGCGCUGAGUCUGGCGUCCGCUCACUCUCA